AUGGGGGACCCCAGCCUCUCCAGACUGCAGUUCGCCCCCUUCAGCAGUGCCUUGGACGUCGGCUUCUGGCAUGAGCUGACCCAGAAGAAGCUGAAUGAGUACCGGCUAGACGAAGCUCCCAAGGACAUUAAGGGUUAUUACUACAACGGUGACUCUGCGGGGCUGCCAGCUCGCUUAACGUUGGAGUUCAGUGCUUUCGACAUGAGUGCGCCCACGCCAGCCCGCUGCUGCCCGGCGGUCGGCACACUGUAUAAUACCAACACUCUGGAGGCUUUCAAAGCUGCAGAUAAGAAGCUACUCCUGGAAGAAGCAGCAAACGAGAUCUGGGAAUCCAUCAAAUCGGGGGCCGCCCUGGACAACCCUGUGCUCCUCAACAAAUUCCUUCUCUUGACAUUCGCGGAUCUAAAGAAGUACCACUUCUACUACUGGUUCUGCUCCCCCGCUCUCUGCCUUCCAGAGAGUAUACCCCUCAUUCAGGGGCCAGUGGGCUUGGAUCAAUGGUUUUUGCCAAAACAGAUUCAAGCCCUGGCACACGCGUAUGAUGGCCUUUGUCAGGCAGAAGGAGUCCCCGCGCUGCCUUACUUCCUAAUCAAGUAUGAUGAGGCCACGGUGCUGGUCUCCUCGCUCAGACACUACAGCGAUUUCUUCCCGGGGCAAAGGACAAAGAUAACGAUUGGCGUAUACGAUCCCUGUAACUUAGUGCAGUACCCGGGAUGGCCUUUGAGGAACUUUUUGGUCCUGGCAGCCCACAGAUGGAGUGGCAGUUUCCAGUCCGUGGAAGUGGUCUGCUUCCGGGACCGCACCCUGCAGGGGGUGAGAGACGUCGCCCACAGCAUCGUCUUCGAAGUGAAGCUUCCAGAGAUGGCAUUCAGCCCAGAUUGUCCCAAGGCAGUCGGGUGGGAGAAGAACCAAAAGGGAGGCAUGGGCCCGAGGAUGGUGAACCUCAGCGAGUGCAUGGACCCUAAAAGAUUAGCUGAGUCAUCGGUAGAUCUCAACCUCAAGCUGAUGUGUUGGAGAUUGGUCCCCACUCUGGACUUAGACAAGGUGGUGUCUGCCAAGUGUCUGCUGCUUGGAGCCGGCACCUUGGGUUGUAACGUAGCCCGGACGUUGAUGGGCUGGGGCGUCAGACGCAUCACGUUCGUGGACAAUGCGAAGAUCUCCUACUCUAACCCCGUGAGGCAGCCUCUGUAUGAAUUUGAAGAUUGCCUGGCGGGUGGGAAGCCCAAGGCCCUGGCGGCAGCAGACCGGCUACAGAAGAUCUUCCCCGGAGUGAACGCCAGAGGGUUCAACAUGAGCAUCCCCAUGCCGGGGCACCCCGUGAACUUCUCCAGCGUCACCCUGGAGCAGGCCCGCAGGGACGUGGACCAGCUGGAGCAGCUCAUCGACGACCACGACGUCGUCUUCCUGUUGAUGGACACCCGGGAGAGCCGGUGGCUGCCUGCCGUCAUCGCCGCGAGCAAGAGAAAGCUGGUCAUCAACGCUGCCUUGGGAUUUGACACCUUCGUUGUCAUGAGACACGGCCUGAAGAAGCCCAGGCAUCAGGGAGCCGGGGACUUGUGUCCCAGCUACCCCGUGGCAUCUGCCGACCUCCUGGGCUCAUCGCUGUUUGCCAACAUCCCUGGCUACAAACUUGGCUGCUACUUCUGCAAUGAUGUGGUGGCCCCAGGGGAUUCAACCAGAGACCGGACCUUGGACCAGCAGUGCACUGUGAGUCGUCCGGGAUUAGCCAUGAUCGCAGGAGCCCUGGCGGUGGAGUUGAUGGUUUCCGUUUUGCAGCAUCCAGAAGGGGGCUACGCCAUUGCCAGCAGCAGUGACGACCGCAUGAAUGAGCCGCCAACGUCCCUCGGCCUCGUGCCUCACCAGAUACGAGGAUUUCUGUCACGGUUUGAUAACGUCCUUCCCGUCAGCCUGGCCUUUGACAAAUGCACAGCUUGUUCUUCCAAAGUUCUCGAUCAGUAUGAACGAGAAGGAUUUAAUUUCCUGGCGAAGGUGUUUAAUUCUUCACAUUCCUUCCUAGAGGACUUGACCGGUCUUACGUUGCUGCAUCAAGAGACCCAGGCUGCUGAGAUCUGGGACAUGAGUGACGACGAGACCGUCUGA